AUGCAUUCACGACCCAGUAUCGAACGCGCUGCAGUAGUUGCCUUAGGGCUUACUGCCUGGAGCUCCCUUGUCGCCGCCGGACCCUGCGACAUCUACUCCUCCGGCAACACGCCCUGCGUCGCCGCACACAGCACCACUCGUGCCCUGUUUGAUGCCUACACCGGCUCCCUCUAUCAGGUGACGCGUGGCUCCGAUGGUGCCAGCGCCAACAUCUCACCGCUGUCCGCCGGUGGUGUUGCAAAUGCUGCCGCCCAAGAUAGGUUCUGUACCGGCACGACCUGCCUGAUCUCGAUCAUCUAUGAUCAGUCUGGCCAUGGAAAUCACCUCACCCAAGCCCAGGCCGGUUAUUGGAAGGGACCGGAUGUCAAUGGCGCUGAUAACCUGGCCAGCGCGAUUGGCGCACCGGUCACGCUGAACGGCCAGAAAGCGUACGGUGUUUUCAUGUCUCCCGGCACCGGCUACAGAAACAAUGCCGCCAGCGGUACCGCGCUAGGUGACGCUGCCGAGGGCAUGUACGCUGUCCUUGACGGCACUCACUACAACGAUGGAUGUUGCUUUGACUACGGCAACGCCGAGGUCAGCAGUACCGAUACCGGAAACGGCCACAUGGAAGCCAUCUACUUUGGUAACAACACACAGUUCGGGGGCUUUGGCACUGGCAACGGUCCCUGGGUCAUGGCCGAUCUCGAGAACGGUCUCUUCUCCGGCCAGAGCCCUGGGAACAACCCCGCCAACCCCUCAAUCACCGAGCGGUUUGUCACUGCCGCAGUCAAAGGUGAACCGAACCAGUGGGCAAUCCGUGGUGGCAAUUCUGCGUCCGGCCCUCUGUCGACAUUCUACAGCGGCAUUCGCCCAACUGUGUGGGGCUAUAACCCCAUGAGCAAGGAGGGUUCGAUUAUUCUUGGUAUCGGAGGCGACAACAGCAAUGGUGCCCAGGGCACUUUCUACGAAGGUGUGAUGACCACUGGUUAUCCUAGCGAUGCCACAGAGAACGCCGUGCAGGCCAACAUCGUAGCCGCCGGAUACGCUGUCACGUCGCUGACAAGCGGCCCGGCGCUCACUGUCGGUUCUUCUAUCUCGAUGCAGGUCACUACCCCCGGGUACACCACACGCUUCAUCGCGCACACCGGCACCACCGUCAAUACCCAGGUCGUUUCGUCGUCCAGCCCAACAGCGCUAAAGCAGCAGGCUAGCUGGAUCGUUCAUCCCGGCUUUGCCAAUAGCGAUUGCUUCUCGUUCGAAUCCAAAGAUACUCCUGGUAACUUCAUUCAACACAGCAACUUUGGUCUCAUUAUUGCCCCGAACAACAGAGUGAAGUCGUUCCUCGAGGAUUCCACGUUCUGCCCGCAGAGUGGUCUCAAUGGCCAGGGUAACAGCAUUCGGUCCUGGAGCUACCCCACCCGCUUCUUCCGCCACUAUGACAAUGUUCUGUACAUUGCUAGCAAUGGUGGUGUUCUCACCUUCGAUAACCCGAAUUCCUUCAACAAUGAUGUGAGCUUUUUGAUUGGCACCAGCUUUGCCUAA